AUGUGUGGCAAAGUGGGAGUGCCAAUGUAUACGGUGACAAGGCAACUCAAAGCACUGAAACCUGUUUUUCUUCAGCAGAGGAGGAAUAAGGGGGACUUAUCGCUAAAUGUCCAGUUGGCGAAGGGGUUUCUCGAGUCAGCCCAGAUCAUCGUGAGUUAUGAUAGACAGAAUGAGCUUUUCUUACUAUUGGAGCAUUGUUGUCGGCUUGUAUAUGUUAAAACGGCUAAACUUGAACAGAUCAUACUACAACAACAAGCCAAAAUGCAAUGGAUGAAGGGGGAAGAUCAAUGCUCCCGCGUGUUUUUUCGUAAGAUUGCUCAGAGGCAAUCUGUUGGGUGGAGAGCCAGGAACCAUGUGAUCGAUAUUCGAUAUCUGAGGCCAUGGGCGAGACAUGUAUUGACAGAGAAGGACACUCUCAAUCUCCUCUCACCUAUCACUGCAGCUGACGUGAAACAGGCAGUGUUUGAUAUAGAUGAGGACAAAGUGCCGGGGCCUGAUGGGUUCUCAUCAGGUUUUUAUAAAGUUGCAUGGCCGAUCGUCGGUAAGGAAGUCACGAAGGCCAUACUAGAGUUCUUUGCUAUGGGGAAGCUGCUAAAGCAAAUCAAUACGACACUUUGGUGCUUAUACCCAAGUCCUUGUCAGGCUUCCUUUGUUCCUGGUCGGAGCAUAGGGGACAAUAUCUUGCUAGCACAAGAACUGUUUACUGGUUAUAAACAGGCACGCCUACCACCUAGAUGUGCACUGAAAGUGGAUAUUAGGAAGGCGUAUGAUAUAGUAGAGUGGGAUUUUCUCCUAGCAAUGCUACAAUUGUUUGGAUUCCCGGUUACUUUCAUAAGGUGGAUUGAGGAGUGUGCCACAUCCCCCUCGUUCUCGGUUGGGCUAAAUGAGAAACCACAUGGUUUCUUUGAGGGUGCAAGAGGACUACGGCAGGGUGAUCUCCUAUCGCCUUAUCUCUUUGUUCUUGUCAUGGAGGGGCUGGACCGGUUUGCUACCCUCUCGAGACUCACCCUUAAUGUUUAUAAGAGCCACCUUAUUCUCUCCAAGUCAGCACAAGGGAUGCGAGACCAGAUGCUUGUUAUGCUUGGCUUUCAGGAGGGGCAUCUUCCCUUGAGGUGCUUGGGACUUCCCCUCCUUUCAUCUAGAUUAUCCAUUAAUGACUGUCAGCCUUUAUUGAUGAAGAUAGACCAACGCAUUGCUGGUUGGGAGGGUAUGGGAUUAUCGUAUACGGGACGAGUCCAAAUUAUUAAAUCGGCACUCAUGGCUUUCAGUAUCUAUUGGUGUUCUGCUUUUCUAUUGCCUAAAGGAGUUAUAAGGGAGAUUGAGAAACGCCUACGAGCAUUCCUAUAG